UGUUCUUGUUCUGCAGACAAUGAUGUGGAGAAGAGCUGGAGGAGCCGGCUGUUCCCCCAUCGUCUGGAGCUGCUGGUGGCGGCGUGCCUCCUGCUGGCCGUGGCGUUCUUCUUCAGCGUGGGUCUUGGAGUGGGGCUGAGCUGCGUGGGCCGGUUCCGCUGUGGUUCCUCGCAGAAGUGCGUCGCCUCCUCGGCCCGGUGCGACGGAGCGGCGGACUGCCCCAACCAGGAGGACGAGCUGGGCUGUGUCCGGCUGAGCGGCAGGAGGUCCGUCCUGCAGGUCCAGAGACGAGGAGAAUGGAGAACCGUCUGCGCAGACAACUGGAACAACUCGCUGGGACUCUCCGCCUGCAAGCAGCUGGGAUACUCCAGGUAUGUGGAGUCGUCCUUCGUCCCUCAGAACUCCAUUGAAGAAGACCUUCAGAGCAGCCUGGUGUCCUUGGACACGACGCAGUCUGACGUCAUCAAGCUUCAGAGCGCCGCGGCCUUCAGGUAUGCAGACCGGCAGGAUAAAGGUGAGAGUCAGUGCAGCUCCGGGAUGGUGACCACGCUGAAGUGUCUGGAGUGCGGCUCCAGGCCUCGGUACCAAACCCGCGUGGUGGGGGGGAACCUGUCAUUGCCGGGUCAGUUCCCCUGGCAGGCUAGUCUCCACUUUAGGGGGGAGCACAUGUGCGGGGGCUCGGUCAUCUCCCCGCUGUGGAUCGUCACCGCGGCCCACUGCGUGUACGGGUUCAGCAACUCGUCCCUGUGGAAGGUUUACGUGGGGCUGACGGAGCAGCCGAUCCACGCCGCUCAGUCUCUGGCUGUGAGGAAGAUCGUUUACCACGCCCGGUACCGGUCCAGAAGCCUGGACUACGACAUCGCUCUGAUGAGACUGGACCAGCCUCUCACGUUUAACGGUCUGGUGGAGCCCAUCUGCCUCCCCAACCAUGGGGAAGACUUCCAGGAGGACACCAAGUGCUGGAUCUCCGGCUGGGGAGCAACGGAGGAGGACGGAGAGAGCAGCGUGGUUCUGCGCGCUGCCGUGGUUCCCCUCAUCUCCACCAGAACCUGCAACCAGCCAGAGGUCUAUGCGGGCCACAUCUCAUCCUGGAUGAUCUGUGCAGGAUACCUGGAGGGGGGGGUGGACUCCUGUCAGGGCGACAGCGGGGGCCCGCUCGCCUGCCACGACCCGUCGGCGUGGAAACUGGUGGGAGCGACGAGCUGGGGGGAGGGCUGCGCCGCCAGGAACAGGCCCGGCGUUUACACGCGCGUCACCACGGCGCUCAGCUGGAUCCGCAAGCAGAUGGAGGUCAGUGCAGAGGGUGGCCAUGAGGGGGGGUCAAAGGUCGUCCAGAGGACCGACCGGGUCUCCUCAGAACCGUCCAGAACCAUGACGCUCCAGAGUUCAGCUGACCCCCCCACAGCUGAGAUCUGGGGGUUCUGGUGUGAGUUUGUAGAACCAUGAGUCUGGUUCUACGCUGGCAGCAUCACGGGUCACGUGCACACUCCUGUAUAGAUCAAAGGCUUCCUCCUGAACUUUGUUCUGUUUACAUCAAAAGCAGGUCCGGGUCUGAACAGCACCAGGACAGAACCAGAACCCUGGUGUCCCAGUGAGGGACUCCCUGCUCCGCGUUCAGAGCUCAUCCAGAGUUCUGGUUCUGUCCCGGAGAUGAUGCAACGUUCAUCCUGAAUGUUACAUCGUCUCCUGGCAGAGGUCCUGAUGCUGGCAGUCCCCCCCCCCUUUCGGACCGGGCCAGGCCGACACCAGCGGGAGAUCCAGGUCCGUGUGGUAACUGUUCACCUCUGUGUUUUCCAGAGAGACGAGGCUCAGAAGAAUGACUGACGCUCCACCAC